AUGCGGACGCUGGUGGUGAGCGAUGACAUGGGGACGCUGGUCUUCUGGGACGGCGACGAGGCGCCCUCGGUGCUCCAGGCAAUGCAGCGCCACGAAGCCGCGCGGAUCAAGAAGGAGAGCCAGAAGCAGCAGCGGCGACAGCAGCGCCUGAACAGCGGCCUCGACCCGGACGACGGGAACGACAGCAGUGAUCAGGACGAGGACGACGAGAUUGAGCUGACUGCGGCCGAGCUGGUGGGCGCGGACGGUCGGCCGCUGGACGCCGCCGCGCGCGAGGCACUCAUCGAGGAGCGCCGCGAAGCCCGUCGCGAGGCGGCAGCGAUGGCCGCGGCGAUCGAGGCAGAGGCAAACGACUAUGUCAGCCGCAAGAUGAUGCUGAUGCCGCCGUUCGCCAUGUCGCAGGCCUUCUUCAGCGAGACGUUCAACGAGGUCCUGCUCUCCAUGCGCUGCAAGAACGGCGAGCUCCUUGUCUUCCAGCGCUUUGGCGACCUCCUCUACGUGCUGUUGAGCGACACGGAGACGUCCGAGCACUUUAUGAUGUCGCAACUGCAGAUUCUGCAUCAAUUGUUUACCAUGAAGAGCUCCAAGGAUGUUCAGCUGAAGAAUUUUGCCCGAACUAUCGACGAUCUCUACAGCACACAGCAGAGCUACUUGGUGCAGUCCAUCGAGCGGAUUGAGGUCAACCAGGAGAUUCGCGGUCGAUGUCUGAAAGCGCUCGAGGCUGCCAUCAAGUCGCUUCCCAAGACACACGGAGCUGCGCAUGCUUUGAUUUUCGUCGACACAAAGCUGUUGGCUCACUACUCGCGGGCCAAAGCCUUCGAACUACAAGCAUCAGACAUCUUCCUCAUCACACUGUACAUUAAAAGCUGUUUUGCCAAUUCGGUCUGGGAUGAAGAGCCCGGCCCCAGCUCGUACCGUGGCUAUGCAGGUUAUGGCUUCCCCGAAACGGAGAGCGGCGGUUCCUUCACUACGACAACAACUACCCCUGCUAAUGCCGAGCCUGUUGCAGAGGAAGGCUCACAACGCUUCCGAUCUCGCACAAAGUCAAUCAGCUCAAUCGAUGGGACCGAUGACGGCGACCAAUUCGUCUUGGCACGCGAGGAUAUUAGCGAGGAAGAGCGCCCCAACGGCUCGACCAACAGUCUUGUGCGCGCUGAACUGGGUCCGCUCGAAGCAGACAAUCCAUCCGCUGGAGAGGCUGGGCAAGACCUCGUCGUCGCCUCGACCACCGUGUUUGACACCCUUCCGGCAGGUUCGGCACCCAGUGCUUCCGUUCGGCAGGAUUCCAUCACGCUUGCAGCUCACUCACCUUCGCCCACGACGCCGCUGGUAUCCUCGCCAUUCUUUACGACAGCGCGUGUGGAUGAGGGCAUCGAAACAGAGGAGUCCUCGUCCAUGACACUAACCUUGGACUCUGACGGCAGCACGAGAUCGACUGCUCGACCCAAACCAUUGCAGAUCGGCUUGGAAGACCACGCCUCCCUCCCGCGCUCGUCGCCUCUGGUCUUGAAGAACACUCCGGCGCGGCUGCCGCCGGUGGACAGCGAAGAGGCAUUCUUUACGCCCCAAGUCGAGUCGCCGCUUCGCUCGCGACUCAAGCUCGACACCUUGGCCGCUGCGCGCAACAGUUACGGACUGGACGGCGCCUUCUCGACGUCAUCUAUGGACACGGCCACCGUGGUGCCGAGUCUCGAUACCCCUGAGGAGAAUGCCUCAAUGCACUCUGCCACCUCGGUGCAAGCCAGCCCUCUAUUGUCGCAAUCCCUCGCCCACUCGUUUGAGUCGGACCAAUUCUCUCUGGCGCACUCGACAUCGUCUUCCAGCUCGCAUCCCACGGCCCCGAAAUCUCCACCCUCCACGUCCCACCCGCUGCCGUUGGAGCUGCAUGCCGACAAGGCGUUGGACGGCAGCGACUACCUGCUUCCUCAGCAACGUCAGCCGUCCUUGUCAAGGCUGAGCGACUCGUCAAACAGCAGCACCCCGGGUAGCUUUGUCGAUGCACAACAGACCCACAGCUCCACCGCAGAGACCCUCAGCGGGUCGCCCCUGACUGCCGACGGUAGUGGAGGCAUGAUUUCGCAUUCGAGCUACAAGCCACCGCCGUUCGUUUCGGCGCCCCAAGAUUCCGCUCUAGAGACUUACAAGUUUGAGUAUGUCUACUUUAAUAGCCCUCAGCUCACACCGUACCUCAUGUAUUGUGCCGAAGUCGCCCCGUCCACGCUUCUCGUGGUGAUUAGCAAAAACACGGAGAAAAACGAUCGGGAGCUGUCAUUGAUGAUGGCCAUGAAGGACAAGGUUCGGUCGGAACUGGAUGACUUUAUUGAAUUCCUGAUGGUCAAGGGUCUGGUGCACUUUAUCUACGUCGACCGAUCUCGAGACCAAGUCGUAGCCCCGGCCGUCACGUCGCUCCGGGCCGUUCACGAAGCUGCAGGCCAGCAGUACACGUCUGCUCAAAGCGACGACGAGACUUGCCGUUUGCUAAAGCGCAAGAUUUGGGAGAUGGUGGGACGAGCGCGUGAGCGCCAUGCGCAAGGGUACACGUCGAGUAUUGUCAAGCACGAGAACUUUACCUACUCGUACUUUUUGUGGUUUGAGGACGACGAUGGCAAUCACUUGAUUGUGGACCAAACACUACCCAAGCUCCCGCACAUGUUCAGCGGAAACUACUACAAGGAACUUGUCCGCCAACUCUUCCGAACGCUGCGACCGGGCUCGGUGCACUGCUACGAGUUGUUCACGCUGCACCUUGCCCAUGUUCCCUUCAAGCACCUGUUGUCUCAACAACGGCGCCUGAUUCGCAAGCUGCGAGAAAACCGCUCCUUCCGUGUUCCCCAGAACUGA